CAUUGGUUUUCAUGAACUGCAGCAGCCUUUCCCAGUGUGCUACUAUCUAAAUAUAUUUGAAUUCAACAGCGAUAAACUUGAGUCAACAAAAAGCCCCAUGAUGAGAAAUGAGGGUUUAAGUCCAAAACAGCUGGAAGGGACCAUGUUGCAGAAAUCUGCAACCAUUAUUUUGAUGAAGCAUUCCUCCAUGAAAACUUAUGCUGCAACUUCUUGCUAGUUUUUCAGAUCCUCACCACAAAUUUAGUUGCCACACAUUAACACGGGAAGCUCAGCCAGUGCCAUGUCCCUUAUCUUUUAUGAUGGGGGUGGGGGCUGCAGCUAUUAUUUGUCCUUUAAAGUCACAGAAGAGAGAAGUAAUAUCAACUUUAAGUCUUGUUGACCAAAUCUUCUCUACAGGUAUCCAUACAGCUACACAAAGAGCAGUGAAAUCCAACUUCCUGAAGGGAAACUGCCUUCCCUCUGCCAUAAGAAAUCUGUCACUUGAGCGAAGAAGCAUUUCUUUCAGUUGCUUAGUAAUCCGUGUAGUUAGUCGCCGGCCGCCUCCCUCAGGACAAUGGAGGGUUGGCUAACAAUAGCUAAACGAAGCUCUUUUCCUUCUGCGCCUUUGUCUCUGCGCUCUGUAACUCCUGGGAAAGUAUAAGCUUUUCUUCUUCCACUCAGCCGAGCGUUUUCGCUCCCGCGCUGCCUCCAAAGACUCUUCCUUCCCUGGCAGCAGGAGGAAAUCACCUGAAGUCGGCUGCGUGCGUGGGAAGAGAAGAGGAAAAGUGGGGCAAUAUUGGCGGGAACGGGAAGAGACCCUUGGCGCCUCUGUUGCUUUUGGCGACGAAGGGGGAAGGGGUAGAGUGGAUUCUCCGUCUGUUGUAGUUGGCCCCCACGAACAGAAAGACGCGUUCGUUUGCCAGCGUUCCCGCACCCGACGCACACCACACACACAAAACUCCACUCGUGUCCUAGUGAGUCACAAGCAGGUCAGGAGGAUCGGACGGGAAGGGAGGGGCUCAAAGCCUUCGGAGCCGCCGCAAGAGCUGCGAGCCGCUGGGAGCCGCCACAAGAGCGGGAGAGAAACUCGCCUAAGCCCUGUCACAGCCAGUGCGAGAGGCUCCCUCGCAGGCGGCGCCGGGGGCGUCUCGGCGUCCUCCCACCAGGUGGUUAAGUUACAGAAGGGAAAGGAGAAGCGUGUGGCUCCCGCAGCCCGGGCCGUUGGUGGGACAGUGAACGAGGAAGCCAGAUGCUAAGGAUCCGGCCGCUGAACAGCUGUGCCCUCGCCUUCAGCAGGGAAGGAUAAAUCUGCAAUUAUGAACCUUUUUGCUACUUCUCCCUUUGAGAUUAUAUUAUUCCUGUCUACCUUGGUACAGAAGAGCAAUGGCAAAUGUAAAGAAGCAGGUUCAAAAUCACAGAUGAAUUUGAGCAUCCAAUAUCAACUUCCAUAUUUCAUUGCGGAAACCCCAAUACAAAAUAUUAUUCUCUACAAACAGCACCUGUAUGUAGGUGCAGUCAAUAAAAUCUAUGUCUUAAAUGAAACUCUUCAUAAUGUCUAUGAGUACAAGACUGGACCUGUUCUUGAGAAUCCAAGUUGUGUUCCAUGUGAUGAAUGUAAACCUAAAGGAAAUCAAUCUGAUAUUUGGAAAGAUAACAUUAACAUGGCUCUACUCUUUGAAACAUAUUAUGAUCAUCAUCUUAUCAGUUGUGGUAGUGUAGCCAAAGGAACCUGCCAGCGCCAUGUCAUUUAUCCUGAUAAUCCUGCUGACAUUGGAAGUAGAGUACACUGCAUGUAUUCCAAACUGAUGGAUGAGGAAUCAGAUGAGUGUCCUGACUGUGUUGUAAGCCCCUUAGGAACCAAAAUUCUAGUGGCAGAAAAAGAAAGAUUUGUAUACUUCUAUGUUGGCAAUACUGUAAGUAAUUCACCACAGCAGGACCAUUUGCUUCAUUCAAUAUCAGUUCGAAGAUUAAAAGAAACUCUGGAUGGAUUUGAGUUCCUCACGGCUUACUCUUACAUCGACAUUCUUCCAGAAUUCAGGGAUUCAUACCCCAUCAAGUAUGUUCAUGCAUUUGAAAAGGACUAUUUUGUGUACUUCCUUACUGUUCAAAGAGAAUCUCUUGACUCCCAAGCUUUUCAUACAAGGAUUAUACGGUUUUGCUCUUUUGAUUCUGAGUUGCGUUCAUAUGUGGAAAUGCCCCUUGAAUGCAUUUACACUGAAAAACGUAAGAAGAGGUCAGCUAAGAGGUCAAAUGAGGUAUUUAAUAUUUUACAGGCUGCAUAUAUUGGUAAGCCAGGUGCAACCUUAGCCCAGCAAAUGGGCCUUGAUAUGAAUGAUGAUGUUUUAUUUGGUGCUUUUGCCCAAAGUAAACCAGACUCUUCAAAUCCAACUCCUAAAUCUGCUGUCUGUGCAGUUUCUAUCAAAACCAUCAAUGAAUUCUUUGGCAAGAUUGUAGACAAACAAAACAUGAAAUGUCUGCAGCAUCUCUAUAAGAAGAACAACAAAUAUUGCCUGAACAAGAAUUUUUCAAGGAACACCUCUUACUGUGGAGCUCAAGAUGACGAGUAUCGAGUGGAGGUUACUACAGCUUUGCAGAGAAUUGACUUAUUCACUGAGCAAUUCAACACUGUCCUCUUAACUUCUAUAUCUGUCUUCAUUAAAGGGGAUCUUACUAUAGCAAAUCUGGGGACAUCUGAAGGACGCUUUAUGCAGAUAGUGAUCUCUCGUUCUGAACGCACAAUGCCAUACAUGAAUUUCCAUUUAGAUUCCCAGCCUGUUACUUCAGAAGUUAUUGAGACUUCCCUAGGCAAUGAUGGGUAUACUCUGGUGAUCACUGGGAAGAAGGUAACCAAGAUUCCACUAAAUGGACCAGGAUGUUCUCACUUUAGCAUCUGCAGUCAGUGCCUUCUAGCACCUUCUUUUAUGAACUGUGGAUGGUGUGGCAAUCAGUGUGUAAGGCCACAGGAAUGCAGUAUAGGAGGAUGGACACAGAACAUAUGUUUACCUAAAAUCUCUGAGAUUAUUCCAAGGAGUGCUGCUUUUUAUGCUUCAACAAGACUGACACUGUGCGGGUGGGAUUUCGGAUUCAGUAAAAAUAAUAAGCCCAGUUUAAAAAAAAUAUCAGUCUUUGUAGGGGGACAGCGGUGCAUUGUGGAUGGCCGGGCUAGUGACAAAAACAAACUGGAAUGCAAGCUUGGGCCUGUAAAGAACACAAGUUUUAAUGUUUCAAGCAGUGUUUCAAAUGGACAAGCUAAUACCUCUUUCAAUACAUUUUCUUAUGUGGAUCCGAGAAUAAGGCAGAUUUUUCCUAACUAUGGUCCAAGAUCUGGCGGAACAUUGUUGACAUUAACUGGGGAAUAUUUAAACAGUGGGAAUUCGCAAGAAAUUUCUAUCUGCAAAAAGCAGUGCAGUCUAACCAGAGUGACUGCUAAUACCAUAGAAUGUUAUAGUCCUUUUCAAAGACAAGCACUGGAAUGCCUUGUUGAAAUGAAAAUUGAUUCAGCCAGUCGUUCAGCAGGUCAUUUUACCUACAAAGAAGACCCUGCUGUUUCUAAAAUUUAUCCAGUUAAAUCUUUCCUUAGUGGUGGAAGUACAAUUACAGCACAAGGGAUAAACCUGAAUUCAGCAUUCUCUCCAAAGAUGUUGGUAACAGUCCCAAAGAUAGGCAGAAACUUCAGUGUGGCAUGUGACCAUCGUUCAGAUUCUGAAAUAAUCUGUUGUACAACUCCUUCACUGAAAGCCUAUGAGCUGAUGCUGCCUUUUGUGACAAAAAUGUUUUUCAUUUUUGAUGGUGUCACUUCAUCUGGUUUUAAUUUUGAUUAUGUGAAUGACCCUGACUUUACCAUUUCUGAAACACCAUUGUUGAUUUCCAAGGGAAGUCAGAAUGUAAUAAUUAAGGGAAGUAACAUUGAUUCUGAAGCUGUUAAAGGUGAAGUACUAAAAGUUGGAAACCGGAGUUGUGAGAACAUCACCUUGAAGUUGCAGUCUGUUUCCUGUACCAUUCCUAAAGAGCUGCUCAAAGCCAACCAUGAAUUAAAUAUAGUGUGGAAGAAAGAAAUUUCAUCAACAGUUAUUGGAAAAGUAAUGAUUCAACCAGACUCAAAUUUCACAGGACUCAUUGCAGGCAUUGUGGCAACAACAUUUUUUCUCUCGCUGUUAGCAUUUGGAUUUCUCCUUUGGAGAAAAAAGAAAAAGCAAAUAAAAGAUUUAGGUGGAGAGAUUGUUCGCUAUGAUGGAAGAGUACACACUCCUCAUUUGGACAGGCUUGUGAGUGCAAGGAGUGUAAGUCCUACAACUGAAUUGGUGUCAAGUGAAUCAGUAGACUAUAGAUCAACUUUUUUGGAAGACCAGUUUCCAACUUUAUCUCAGAAUGGAUCUUGCAGGCCAACCCAAUAUCCUCAUGUGGACCUAUCUCCCAUUCUGUCUACUGGAGACUCUGAUUUAGCUAGUCCAUUGUUACAGACUAAUGUUCGCAUUGACAUUAGUGCCUUAAAUCCAGAUCUGGUCAAAGAAGUUGAGCAUGUUGUUAUUGGUGCUGAUAAUAUGAUUGUGCACUUCAGUGAAGUAAUAGGAAGAGGGCAUUUUGGAUGUGUUUAUCAUGGAACUUUAUUGGAUACUGAUGGCAAGAAAAUUCAUUGUGCUGUGAAAUCCUUGAACAGAAUUACGGAUUUGGAUGAAGUAGCUCAAUUCUUAAAAGAAGGAAUUAUAAUGAAGGAUUUCACUCAUCCCAAUGUCCUGUCACUACUUGGAAUUUGCUUGCCUAAUGAAGGUUCUCCUUUGGUGGUGCUUCCUUAUAUGAAACAUGGAGAUCUUCGAAACUUCAUUAGAAAUGAAUCUCAUAAUCCAACGGUGAAGGAUCUGAUUGGAUUUGGUCUACAAGUAGCAAAAGGGAUGAAAUAUCUUGCAAGCAAAAAGUUUGUCCAUAGAGAUUUAGCAGCAAGAAAUUGUAUGCUGGAUGAAAAUUUCACAGUCAAGGUUGCUGAUUUUGGACUUGCGAGAGAUGUAUACGAUAAAGAGUACUACAGUGUACACAAUAAAACAGGAGCAAAAUUGCCAGUAAAAUGGAUGGCUUUAGAAAGUUUGCAAACCCAGAAGUUCACUACAAAAUCAGAUGUGUGGUCCUUUGGUGUUUUACUUUGGGAGCUGAUGACAAGAGGAGCACCUCCUUAUCCUGAUAUAAGCUCUUUUGAUAUUACCGUUUACUUACUACAAGGAAGGAGGCUCUUGCAGCCUGAAUACUGUCCUGAUCCACUAUAUGAAGUCAUGCUCAAGUGUUGGCAUCCAAAACCUGAACUACGGCCAGACUUUUCUGAGUUAGUUUCAGAUAUAUCCAUGAUCUUCUCCACUUUUAUUGGGGAACAUUAUGUUCAUGUGAAUGCCACCUAUGUCAAUGUGAAAUGUGUGGCACCAUAUCCAUCUCUGCUGUCAUCACAAGAUAAUAUAGAUAGAAAUGCAGAUACAUGAUGAAGUUCAUUAAACUGUGCUAAAGGGAACAGGGCAUAAAUAAUGGCCAACUACUUUUUAAGUAUUUUUCUGUGUGUGAAACCACUGCAUAUGUGUAUAUGUUAUUAAAUUGCACUAUUUUGAGGCAACUCAGGUUGCUGAAAUCUACAAGGUAAAUGUUCGGAUAUAAUUUUCAAGUGUUGUGGGCAAUUGCGGUAACUACCACUGCCGUGGAAGUUCUUCAUUUACUGCCAAGUAUCACUCACUGAACAAUCUAGCUACUCUGCAGAACUGAUGAUUCAGAAAUUUCUCAGUUAUUUAUAAUACAAGACACUGAAAGAGUGAGUUGAUAUUAUUAGUCAAGUUCUUUUCACCAAACUAAAUAAAUAUGCAGAUAUGCACUUCAUUAUUGAAGUUUAUUUGGUAUAGCAGUUUAUACUACUAUAUAAGUAGCCCAGAUUCAAUGGACAUUAAUUAAGAUAGUCCAGCUAUCACUACACUGAUUUUUAAAAUAAUUUUGGAAUACUGAUUGCAAUACAACAGAUAAUUAGUAUAUCAUAUUAUAGAUGCACCAGAAACAUACAGAGCAUAAUGAAUAUUUAAAGAAAAUGUUUCUGUACUAUGACAAAAAUGAAAUACUUCAGAAAUUCCUUUAUCCAGUAGGCUGAAGAGUAUGUUAAGUAUGUGGACAAAAUUCCACAGGAGAAUACAGAACUGUGCAGGGAAGCAGUAAACAUUUAGUAAAAGUGUCUCUGUGUGAGACAGCAGAAAAAAAGGUGAAGAGCUUGAAUCUGAUGUUGGCCUAUUCAGUCAAAUGGAGUACAUCUUUAUAUUACCUUACUGCUGCUAAAUUCAGCUCCUCACAUUUGAACAAUUUUUUGUUAAAAAAUGAAAUAAAAAUCCUGUAAAUACAGAUCACAACUACUUGAUGUUGUCAACUGGUUCUUAAGAUUUUGACACGAUGUAGGCCUUUCUGAUGACCAAAAUAUUUUUUAAUGUAAUUUUUUUUAAAAAGGUUAAUUUUUGACUGACCAUCAUAUUGGUUCCUGUUCCUGUGGAAUCCUGUGCAUUCUACUGUAUAGGCUAUUUGAUAUAGAAUCAACAGAUAAGUAAGGAAUGUUGGUGUGUGUAUGUGUGUAAACCUUUCAAAUCAUUCUAUUUUUAUACUGAUUUUUAAUUAAUUUUAUAGAUGGGUAUAUAGAUAAAAGCUUGGCUAGCGUAUAAAAUAUUGCACUGUGAACUCUUCAGAAAUAUUUUAUCACAGCUUUUAAUAUUUGUAAAAUUGUUUAAAAACUCUAAUCCUGUAAAGACUGGAAAGUCAAGAACUGUUGCAAACCACUUAUAACCCAACUGUUUAAUCUCCUUUUCUGGAAUCAGACAUAUUUUAAUAUCUUUGAGGAGACAGUACUUAUAAAGAAGCCAAUUACACAGGAGAUUUAUUGUUCCAGAGAAAGGAUACCAUACUAACAGUUUUAUGAUGUGAAUGGAGUGGUAAGCAAACUACUUGCUGAUAAUACUGGAUUAUAUUGAACUGCCACAUCCAUUUCAGUAGCAAAUACUUCAUGUCUGCUGACAAAGCAAUAUUACUUGUAAAAGGCCUUAGCACAAAAACAUAAUUCUCCUUCAGGCAAAGAGAAAAAAAUGCUUGAAGGUUAAGGCAAAUUAUUAUAUCAUAGUUUAAUGUUGAUUAUAUAAACCUACAAACACAAGGAAUACAGGGUGCAGGGUUGAAAUAUUGUAAUAUUUAUGUGGUAAAAUUAAUACCAUGUCUGGGAUCCAUGUAAAUAAUGUCCAAUUGUUGUAGGGAUUUGAUGUUUUACAUUCAUAUACUUGCCAAUAGGAUAAAUGGUACUUACCUUUUUAAUUGUGAUACCUAGUAAAAAAUAAAAUAUUUGUAUAUUGGCUA